ACUCUCUCUCUCUCUCUCUCUCUUCUCUCCUCAUCGUCCUCUUCUUCAUGUCAUGGGCAUUCCGCACCCAUAAACGCCAUGUCCAAGGCCCACUUCAUCCAAACCGCCGGAUUCCCCAAAACCAGACUACAACGGUUCAAAACCGCUCUCGCAAAACCAGACCACAACGGUUCACCAGCGCUCUCCCAAAACCAGACCACAAUAAUGCUAUCUUCCAAACCUCUUCCCUAGUCCUUCUCCCUCUCCCACAGCGAUGUCCGCCUCCUCCGCUUCUAACCUCUUCUGCCCCGAAGACGCCGCGUCCUGGGAUUCUGACACGUGGACCCCAACACCACCACCACAACCAUGCUCCUCCGCCGCACUCCACCACCAUCUCCCGCCAGACAACGACGACCGUUCGAUCUCCGCCCUCCUCGACUCCGAGCUCCACCACAUGCCGGAAUCUGACUACCUCCGGCGAUUCCAGGACCGGUCGCUCGACGUUACUGCCCGUCAAGACGCCAUCAGCUGGAUGUCCAAGGUGCACGAGUACUACCAUUUCCGUCCGGUAACAGUGUAUCUCUCCGUCAACUACCUCGAUCGGUUCCUCUCCUCCCACACUCUCCCGAGAGGAAAUGGGUGGCCUUUUCAGCUGCUGUCAGUAGCUUGCCUUUCUCUCGCUGCGAAAAUGGAAGAAACGGACGUGCCUCUUCUCUUGGACUUCCAGCUGUUCGAACCGCGCUUCGUGUUCGCGCCUCGAACGAUCGGGCGGAUGGAGCUUCUCGUCAUGGCCAAUCUCAAAUGGCGGAUGCGGUCCGUUACGCCCUUCGAUUUCGUCGAUUUUUUCACACGGAAGCUGCUGAGUUUCGGCUCCCGGCACGCAUUUUGUUCGUAUCGGUUUUCGUCGCGCGUUUCGGAUCUUAUACUCAGCACUCACAGAGUUAUCGAUUUUUUGGGGUAUCGACCGUCGACGAUCGCAGCGGCUGCUGUACUUUGCGCGGCCGGAGAAAUCGGCGAUUCUUUGGCCGGAGAUGAUUGGAGUGCGGCGAUGUUUUACGAUGAGCUGAGUCAGGAGCUGGUCGGACGCUGUCAGCAACUAAUGGAGGAGUACUUAAUCGACACGUGUCCGGCUGGGGUGAAAGCCGGACCGGAGCCGACGCCGCAGAGCCCAGUCGGGGUGCUUGACGCGGCGGCUUGUGGCAGCUGCGACACGCAGAAGUCCGCUUCGGAGAACCCAGAUGCGGCUCGAGCUGAGCCGUCGAAUAAGCGUAGGAAGCCGAGAUGUACAGAAACAUUACGUACGGACGAUCGCGGUAAGAGUAAUGUUUGAGAAGUUAAAAAGAGAGCGAAAAGAUUUUUAUAAAAAACAAAGGAAAAGAAAAAGAAAAUCCCUCUUUUGGUAUUUUUGAGAAAAAAAAUGGGGUUUUUAUUUAUUUUCGUUCAGGGUUUUAAUGAGAGAGAUUAGGGUAGUGAUUAGGGUUUUAAUCUUGGUUUUAUUUCCUUAAUCUCCCUGUUAUUAAAAUAUUUAUCUCCUGUUUUAUAUAUA